CAAUAGCGGGCGAUUUGGGAUGGAGCUUGGAUUCUAUUUGACUGCGGACUAAAGUGCGCGAUGACGCGAGAGGUCACGUGGUUCUCAAAAAAUAAAAAAUAAAAUAAAAUAUGGCUGAAGGUCCGGAGACGUCUAUGGAGACAGGCACAAAAAAAUCCAACACCCCACAUUGUCUUGGCUUCAGACUGGUCCAUCGUGCUCUGGUGCCAUGCUGUCAAGGCUCUUGUUUGGUGGACUGGUGCAUGCUCUCAUGCAGUCCUGUCAUCGCUUCAUUGUCAUGGGGGAUCACCAGCUGGCUGCCAUCAUGGUGCCCGACAUCUCUGUGCAAACUAGAAGAGGCAGAGCAGAGGAUGCUGCAGCCCAUCCACAGCAAGUUCUACAAAAAGUUUGUCCAUAUCUCCAGUGAUAACAAAUUGUGGACGCUGGUGUUCAGUGACACUAGUGUGGAGCAUAAGACCCCUCUGGUGCUGCUGCAUGGUUUUGGUGGUGGAGUGGGUCUCUGGACAAUGAACCUGGACGCUCUGUCGCAGCAGAGGCCCGUGUAUGCGCUUGACCUUCUCGGCUUCGGUCAAAGUAGCAGGCCUCAUUUCAGCAUCGACGCCCACGAGGCUGAAACACAGUUUGUGGAGUCUGUUGAGGAGUGGAGGGAAAAACUAGGCCUGGAGAGUGUAAUUUUGCUAGGCCACAACUUGGGAGGAUAUCUGGCAGCAGCCUACUCACUUAAAUACCCUUCAAGAGUAAAACAUCUGAUCCUGGUGGAGCCAUGGGGUUUCCCAGAGUGUCCAGAGGCUGGUGUAGAGGACAGACCCUUUCCUGUGUGGAUUAAAGUUCUUGGGGCCGUCCUCAGCCCUUUCAACCCACUGGCUGGCCUUCGCCUUGCAGGACCACUCGGUCCACGUCUAGUGCAGAUUGUGCGACCUGACUUUAAAAAGAAAUAUACCACCUUGUUUAAUGACAACACAGUCACAGAUUACAUCUACCACCUGAAUGUCCAAAUCCCAAGUGGUGAAACAGCUUUCAAAAACAUGACCAUUUCAUAUGGCUGGGCCAAGCGGCCCAUGCUGCAGCGCAUUGGCCUGAUUCGCAGUGACAUUCCCAUUACCGUGAUCUAUGGGUCACGCUCCAGCUUAGAUGGCCACUCCGGCAAUUCAAUCAGAGAAAUGAGGCCAAAUUCCCACGUGGAGUUAAUCGCCAUACGAGGAGCGGGACACUAUGUAUUUGCUGACCAGCCGGAGGACUUCAACCACAGGCUUCUUCGAGUGUGUGAAACAGUGAGCUGAAGGGUGAUGAGGAAUGGCUGUUUUUAAAAAAUGAAAAAAUGCUAUUUAUUAAACUCAUUAUGUUCUCUCUCAGACUUAAAAAGCUGGCCAGAGCGCCUCUGUAAUUCAGUAUGAAUUUGCAUGCCGCAGUGCAGCUCUUAUCUCUAUAGCAUCUCAAUCACCACUGCAGGUUUGCUGAUAACUGGAAUUUUUGUUUUACAGCUAACAUUGUCAUAAUUGUGCACUUUUAGAGAUUGAUUUGAUUGUUCCAAUUUAUAUUCAUUGUUUUUCAGUCAAUAAUAUGAGCAUUUCUUUUAAUACACUUAUUGAUACAUAGGUUUAACUGUAUAUAUAAAGGGGCAGCAAUAAGCGUAAUAAUUACUGUAGUAUGUGGUAAAUAUCAAAUAGGGUAUAAAUAGUACUUGAAAUCAUGAAAUUAAAAUGUUAACUCAAUCGUUGGGAACAAUUAAAUUCUUCUCAGGGAUUUAUUCAAACAAUUAAACAGAACAAACAUAUCAAAACAAUGACCAGUGAGUGUUCAGUCCUGUCUAAACUCAGCCAUUUGAAAAGAAAAGGACGUUCUAAUAUUUAGGACAUGUCCCUUUCUACCUCACGAAUAACGUAUCUUCUGCAACUAUGAAACAAGAGCAGUGUUCACUGUACACUUGAAUGUUUUGUGCAAUCUGAGCUGUGUUUUUACUUUUGAUACACAGCUGAGGUAGUUUUUGCAAAACAAAGGUUAUGUAAUUCUCAAAGUAUGUUUUUGUAUAUAUAUAUUUAUUGAUUCAUUUUAAACCUGUGUAAAUUCAUGAUAGUGCCAAUAAGAAAGCAAUCACACAGUAAUUACUGUAUUAAAGUCUCAGUAAAUGAAGUGUUUUAAA